AAUCUCAACAAAAGUUCAUGAGCUCCAGUGAAUAUGAAUGUACUGCAGAGGAACAGCAUUAUAUCGUUUCACUCCAGGAAAGGCAAGUGAACAUGUUCCUUCCUCCCACCUUAUGUUCACUUCAACCAACUUAAUUUCUUCCAGAUGAGAGCGACACAGUGAUUUAAAGUGUUGGAGCAGCAAAUUAUUUUGGGACAUGGAGCUGUGGAACAUGACUGAUGUGCCAGGCAAGCAGUUCUCAACUCUGUCUAACUGCACUGUGGACACCAGCUACCGCUUCACCUUCUAUCAGGUGUCCUAUGGUGUCAUCUUCCUGCUGGGGUUGACCACCAACAGCCUGGCUCUGCGCAGACUGUGUUUAUCUCCCUGCACCAUGAACAGCACAGCCAUUUACAUGGUCAGCCUGUCAGCUGCCGAUUUGUUUUUUGUAAUCUCUCUGCCCCUGAGAAUUUACUACUACCACCAGAAGGCCAGAGCUCUGUCCUUCAAGACAGGAGACCCGUCCAGUUGGACUCCUGGAGCGGCAUACUGCCACCUCACCUUCACCCUCAAAUACAUCAGCCUGUAUGGGGGCAUCUUCUUCCUGGUCUGCAUUGCUGUGGACCGCUACUUUGCUGUAGUGCACCCGCUGGCCUCAACACUCCGCAGGCUGCGAGCAGCACAGCUGGUGAGUGGGGGGAUCUGGUGCCUGGUGCUGGGGCUCAGUGUGAGCCUGCCUCUGCUGCGCUCUGCAGCCGCUCGCCAACACCAGCCCUGUCUGCUGGACCCAUCCUCACAACGCCACCGCACCAUCAUCCUGGUAGCUCUGGGCUUAGUCAUAGGGUCGUUUCUGCUGCCCACUAUGCUACUUCUCUGCAGCUACUGCAGAGUGCUCAGUGUGCUUCGCCAGCCAAGACACCGCUCCCGCAGCCAGCGCCGCAGCCGUCAGCACACUCUCACAGUUAUUUACUGGGUGCUAGGAAUCUUUCUGCUGUGCUUUGUCCCAUAUCACAUCAACCUCCUGGGAUACACCCUCACACAUGUGGGGCUGCUGCCCCACUGUGGCCUGGCCAAGGUGACCAAGGCUGUGCACCCUGUGGUGCUAUCAUUAGCGAGCUCCAAUUGCUGCCUCAACCCACUCAUCUACUAUUUCUCCAGCAGCCUGAUGCACAGGGAGGCGCCUGGUGGUGGAGGCAGUGGCAGCCAGUGACACAGAUCAUUUAACACAACUGAAAUGGUAUUUCUCCUUUUUAUCUUGAGAUGACUUCUUUGCUAGACAGAUUCAUACAGUUGACCAGGACCCUUUCUAUUCAUGUGCAUUUCUUUAGAGGUUAAACUGAAGCUAGCUCUGCAUUUAUUUCAUAUGUAAACUGUAUUUUUGGCAGGAAUUGCAAUGUUGGACAGGUUUGAAAUCACAGCAGGUGAUCAGCACAGAGUGCAGCACCUCUGCAGCAGUCUGGGGUUCAGUGCCAUGCUGAGAAGCACAUUGUCAGCUCAGUUAUUUUGUUCAGUAUGUUUUGACGGUCCAACUAUAUUGUGUUUGUAUAAUACUGAAAUGCAUUCAAAUUUUUCAUAUGUAGUGAACUGAAUUUGUGAACAACCUGCCUCAUUUCACAAACAUGCUGAUCAAACAUUAUGGAGUAGUCAUAUGUGUUAUAUGAGAUAUGCUAUUCUUAAACUAGUAAUAAUUAAUACAUUUAAACAAACUGCUGAAUUCCUUUUCUUUUCUUGGGACAAUAAA